AUGUCUUAUAACGUAGUUGUUGCUGGUGCCAGUCGUGGGAUUGGUCUCGCUCUCGUGAAAUACACUCUCUUGCAGAACGAUAAAGCCCAUGUCGCUGCAGGCGUCCGUACUCCAUCAAAAGCCACGGAGCUAGCUGAAUUGGCAAAGAACUAUCCAGGCCGUCUUCACAUCUUCACCUUGGAUGUCGACAGUGACGACUCCAUCAAGGCCUUCGCUGCAUCGGUCACAUCUGCUUUCCCCAACGGUGUAGAUGUACUGAUUAACAAUGCUGGUAUUCUGCCUACCCCACGGGCUACUCUUGCUGAUGAACAACGGAAGGACUUCUUGGACUCCUUCAACACGAACGCCCUGUCAUCGUACUACGUAACUGUAGCUCUCCUCCCCCUCUUAUCAAAGAGCACCAACGCUAGAGUCCUAAACAUAUCGUCUAUUGUGGGCUCUAUCGGCCUAGUCCCGGACACAAUUCCUUAUGGGGCAAUGCCAGCAUACCGUGUUUCUAAGGCUGCAAUGAAUAUGCUGUCGGCUACUUUGGCUGCUGUUAACCCCGACGUGACGAUUGUUACUUCUCAUCCUGGUGUCGUACUAACGGAUAUGGCUGCCAGUAUCGGAAUCAAUGCCAACGACCACCCAAUCGCAAUCACUACCGAUGUGUCUGCUACGUCGCUGUUGAAGGUGAUUGAUGGGUUGACGAAGGCUGAUAACGGUAAAUUCUUGAGCUAUGAUGGAACUGCUUUGCCUUGGUAG